GCAUUUCAUCACAAACGUCCAGUUUGGGUGUCUGGAUUUCAUCACAAACGUCCAGUUUGUCUACAUUUCAUAAUGAACUCCAGUUUUAAUGUCUGCCUUUCAUCACAAACGUUCAGUUUGUGUAUACAUUCAACUACAUACGUCAAAAUUUCGUAUGUGCAAAUCGCCCUCGGCCACCUGUUGGCACACAAGCGGCGUAUCAACUUCGGGUCGAAACUGGCUCGUCUUCCUCACUCGAUCUCGAGCGGUAAACAAAGCCCGUGGCUGGCGGCCUUGGCGUGAUCUAGCCACGAUGAGUCUGAAACGCAGCCAACGUCGGCGAGUUCCUCCUGCAGCCAUCAAGAUCGAAAGGGAGUCGAGCCCCGAACCCGAAGACGAGGUGCCCCUGGCGCAGAUCGACAUCGAGCCGGAAUCCAGCGAGGACGAGUCGGACGACGAGGCGCCUGCAGAAAGGAAGAAGAUCAAGAAGGAGCCGCCGUCGGGAGGCGGCUACAGGUACCCUCGGAAAUUCAACCCGCGAUGGCUGUCCAUCGACGAAGUCAAGGACUGGAUCCAUCCUCUGAAGAUGGACCCCCGCCACGUCUGGUGCAAAUACUGCAAGAAAAAGAUCAGGGCGCACCUGACGGACAUGAGGACCCACAACAAGACCAAGAAACAUCACCGGAACAUGUCCACCGUCAGACCCGAGAUCCCCGCCGAACUUCAAAUGCCUCCCAGCGGCUUCCCGGAAAACGUUCCCUCCAACAACAUCGUCAUCACGUUCCCUUCGCAGAAGAACAGCUCGCAAGAGGUCAUAGAGCGUGCGACAAGGAAUUGACGGCCGGCAAGUCUGAACUCUUUAGGCACGCCAACUCUCGCAUCCACGAGAAGCAUCUUCAGUACUGCAAGUUAAUGCCAUGUAUGCCAAAAGGGCCAGUGACUGAGACUGCAAUAAAGGUUGUGCCAGUUCCCCAAGAUGGUGCAGUAUCCCCAGCACCUUCAGGAAAAGAGGUCAUUAUCCCUGCAAGUAUUGGCUUCAUUGGUGCUGGGAAUAUGGCUCAGGCUCUCAUGAAUUCAUUCCUUGCCAAAGGAUUAGUAGAACCACACUUGCUAAUGGCAAGUGCCCCAUCAAAUCGGAAUUUGGAAAAAUUACCGUCAGGGAUGCGGACUACAAAUGAUAACAACAGAUUAGUGAAAGAGUGUGACAUCAUUUUCCUUUGUGUCAAACCACACCUACUGACGGAAAUGAUUGAAGGACUAGAUCCUCUAGAAAGGGACCAUAGUCCACUGUUCAUCUCUGUAGUCACUGGAUUUGACAUUUGCACCCUGGAGCAGUUACUGGGUUCCCUCAUUGAUGCCCCACGUGUUGUGCGUACUAUGCCCAACACUCCAUGCAUGGUUGGUCAAGGCUGUUGUGUAUACACUAUGGGAACCAAUACAAAUGAGAGUGAUGCUAAAGUGGUAUGUUCCAUAUUACACUCAGUUGGUUACAGUGCUGAAAUACCUGAAUACCAAAUGGAUGCUGCGUGCGGACUGGCAGGUUCAGGACCUGCUUAUAUUUAUACAGCAAUAGAAGCCCUUGCUGAUGGUGGGGUAAAAAUGGGAUUACCAAGACACCUUGCACACUCCCUUGCUGCUCACACGGUGAAAGGAGCAGCUUCAAUGGUCUUGCAAUCAGGCAAACAUCCAGCACAGUUAAAGGACGAAGUCUGUUCACCAGGUGGCACAACUAUAACAGCCAUUCAUUCUUUAGAGAAAAAUGGAUUUAGAGGUGCUCUUAUAUCUGCAGUUGAAGCUUCAGCAAAUCGGGCCAAGGAACUGGGUAACAAAAGCUAAGAUCCUGUCACACCUGUGUAGGAGCCAACGUAUGAAUUGCAUAUCACAUUGGCAAAAUGUAUCUGACGUAGAGGAAAGGGUCAUUUGAUCAGCAGAACUUGUCUUGAUGUAAAUAAAAGGUUAGGAAGUUUGUUGCAAAUGGUCAGCCUUUGUUUAAAUAAUGUUAAAAAGUUUCAUCAGUUGUUGGUUUACAUAUUGAAAAUAAUGUUUUCAAACAUGUUAUGGUUACUCUUAUAAUGUAUAUAUAUUAAUGUAAGUUUCUUUUGUGUCGAUCACAGUCCAUUUGUAAGCUUAUUUACUGAAUCUAGUGUACUUUUGCUAUAGUUCUUUCAUUCUGCAUAUUAAAAGGUUUACAUGGAACUGUAAGCCACGGUUUGAAUACAGAGUUCAAAAUCCCUUGAAACAGUAUGUGGAACCUUAUUAAUUUAUUUUUAUUCAAAAUAAGUUUUUAUUAAUACCAUUUCAAUAGUCAAAACAUUUGUGGUGUGCAUAGAUUUCUGGAAUAGUCUUUAAGGGAGCAAUUUCCAUUUGUUUAAUUUUGUUAUUGUCAAAAGUUUAAAAAGAAGUAAUAAAGCAACUCGUAUAUAAUAA